AUGUCUCUUAGUUUUUCAUAUUAUUUCAUUCUCCCUUCCUUUUCUUUAUUUUUAUUUUCUUUCUCUUUUAUGUCUUACUACUUUAUGUAUUCUUUCUUUCUUUCUUUCUUUCUUUCUUUCUUUCUUUUACUUUUUCUAGUUUUGAUUUCAUUCUGUCUUCCUGACAUCUUUCUUCAUUGUUUUUUUUAUCUUAUUACUUUCUCCUUUCUGAUUUCAUUCUGUCGUCCUGACAUCUCUUUCUUCAUUUUCUUUCUUUCUUUCUUUCUUUCUUUCUUUCUUUCUUUCUUUCUUUUACCUUUUUCAAUUAUGAUUUCAUUCUAUCUUCCUGACAUCCCUUUCUUUCUUUCUUUCUUUCUUUCUUUCUUUCUUUCUUUCUUUCUUUCUUUUGUGACUGCUUAUUUACUUGUAUCAAUCUUCUACCUUCUUUCUUUCUAUUUUUAUUUCUUUGGUUCUUUUAAAAUCUCUUCUUCCUUUCUUUCUUUCUUUCUUUCUUUCUUUCUUUCUUUCUUUCUUUCUUUCUUUUACAAUUUUGAUUUCUUUCCUGACAAUUCUUUAAUCAUUUUUUUUAUUUUGCUACUUCCUCGUGUUCUUUCUUUCUUUCUUUCUUUUAAUUUAUACCCUUUUUCCGUACAUUUGUUAUCCUCUCGCCCCCCACCUGACAAUCCCCAUCUGUCCGAUUCCUUGAUGAGAUAA